AUGAAGUCUCCCACAGUGGCCAUGGUGACUAUCGAUCGUUCUCCAGCUUCACUGCAACAGCCCGUUGGAGCAGCACCGCCGUCCUCUCGCCCCCCGGCCCCUCAGCCCCCUGAAAAGACGAAGACACCUUCCGACUCAGCGCUACCCGAUCCCAACCUCGUCAAUCCUCGUCUUCUCAUCAACGGAGCGUGCAUCUACGAGCGUCAUCUCCCUGGGGACGCAUACAUCACCGCGCGAGUGCAGCGCCUCCAGCACGGGUACUACUCCAGCCCCGCCGUCUCCAACCAAGACGCCGACCAUGUGGAUUUUCUCGGCGUGACCUUUGUCUUCCACUCGCCCAACACCUUGUCGCAUCGCUUCAAGGCUGCGAAAAUCCGCGCAUCCGUCCACGGGAGUCGGGACUCCCCAUCCGCCGAGGCAGCGGCUCGAGCCCGGAACAAUCCUCGAUUCUUGAUGCACGCGCCGCACCUCCUCUACGGCGCGGUGUCUCCGGAGACCAUGCAGUGGAACUACAGCCUCAGCGGGUCACUGGGGGUUGCCGACCUGCCCCUGAUCGCCAGUCUGUCGCCGAGCGGGGGCAUCAACGGCCGGUACAAGCGGUACGAGAUGAUGCGCAUCCAGGGGUCCGUCCGGUCGCGGAGGAGCCCCCGGGGUCGCGAGUACGACGUCGAAGCCGGCGAGAUCGUCUGGUCCCUGGAGGAGAAUACGCUGCAGCGAUCGGGUCUUCCGCGGGAGUUCACCUUCGCCAUGCUGAUCCAGAAACCGCGCGCGGAGAGCCGGGUGCACUUCACGCUGGAGAUCGAGCCGGUGCUGCAGAGCUGGGUUUGCAGUUAUCCAGGGUUAUUGUUGGGGUUGCCUCGCUACAAGCCCGUGCGACGACGGCCGGUGGACUUUCGAGUGCAGGUAGGCCAGCGGUUCGAGCCGGUCACUCCGAAACGGGGAUUCAAUUUUGCGGCUCUGGAGAGCUCGUUCGAUGACUAUGUCCAUAUGCCGGGACGGAAGUUUUCUACCGGGAUCUCCCCGGACGGUGGGCUAUUCCAAGACGACAAUGAGAUCCGACGAGACGUGACGCGCGAUUUGACGAUGAUCGAUCCGCUCGGGGGCGUGACCAAGAUCCCCGCUCCGGCCAAUGCUGCCUGGGAGCUGGCGAGAAGGACGACACUGGACCAGGCUGCUGUGCCUUCGAUGGCAGGCUUUGACCCGGGCUCAUUCACAAUGCGGCUGUUGUUAGACAACGACCAGAGCACGAAGCAUACACAGGUGGCGUCCGAACUGACCACAAUUCAGGAGACAAAAAUGGAGGAGCGUAAGAGCAUGCGACAAACUCGUCGGAGCAGUCGAGGCCAGAGCGACUGUAGUCAAGGCCAGAGUGGCUAA